AUGACGACCUACGUGCCCGCUCUCACCUUGCCAGAUGCCGUCUUCCUCAAACCUGCCGUGUCCGUUUUGCUGCCCGUCGGUCUUGGCACAGCUGUCGGACUGAGCGCCACUCAGACCCAAAAGACAUACCUCUCACUGAAGAAGCCCUCUGUGCACCCUCCACCAUGGCUGUUCGGCCCCGUCUGGACUGUCCUUUAUGGUGUCAUGGGUUACGCUGCAUACCGAGCUGCCAACAUUGGCCUCUCCCCCUUUUCCUCCCCUGAUACCAUCCGUACCGCUCGACAAGCCAUGACUCUCUACAGCGUCCAACUCGGCCUCAACCUCCUCUGGACCCCUCUUUUCUUUGGCCUCCACCGUCCUAUUGAGGCAUCGGUCGAUAUUAUCACCCUCGUUGGAGUCAAUGGCUACUUGACAUACCUCUACAGCUCCAUUGACUCGGUUGCCGCUUGGUGCCAGGUCCCAUACCUCGGCUGGCUGAGCUUUGCCACCUACCUUUGCACUAGCAUUGGAUACCUGAACAACUGGGAUCUGUCGGGCAAGGAAGCGCCCAAGAAGGAGUAA